UACGUCUUCUUGCCCUUCCCGUCGCCAGUCUUCAUCUCCUGCGUCCUCAGAUCACCCACACCGUCUAUCGAUUCCUCUGCAUUAGGAACGUAUGCGUCUCACUUCAUUCCCUCUCGUCCUGGCGGGCGCCAGCCUCCUUGCUCAGCAUGCAGCCGCUUCUCCCGUACGCGUACUUGUGGUGAGUUCGCACCAGGAAGUCUCCACGAACGGGCGCGGACCGGUUGCUGCGGUCAUCGAGAACCAUCACAAUGCUAUCCACACCUCGAACGUGACCGUCCACCAUCCUCCGCACAUGGUGUAUCCUAAUGCAGGCCGCCACUGCGGUGGUUCGCUCCGUGAGAAAGCCAUGCGUCUCUCCAACAAGCUUUUUGGGUUCCCCGAAUUGGCUCCAGUGCCCAUCGAAUAUGCGCACCCUCACGUUGAAGGACACUCCGAAGACCAUCCAGACAGAGUGUCCAUCCUGCCCUUCCUCGGCUUGCCUGCGACCAUUUCUACUGAGGACGCUCCUGUUCCGGCUACUGCCCUUCACCAGGCAGAGGCCGCUCCGCCCGAGAUGGGGACCGUUCGUAUCGUACAUAUGAACGGAGAAGAUGGACGUAUAAUGAGAUUCCGCCACCAUCGCGGACCGUUCCUACGCCGGCUCCACUUUGCGCUCAUGGCGCUCGGUCCCUGGGAGGGUCGUGCCGUCGCCUUCGUCCUUGGCUGUGGCAUCGGCGUCUUGUUGCGCAUGAUUUGGGUCCUCGGUGUCGUGCUGGUCCGCGCCGUUUCUUAUGGCCGCCAGAGUGAGGAGCAUGACAAUGUGGAGACCAUUUUCGUCAUGGCGUCAGACGCGGAGGAAAUUCUCGUGCCGCCGCCGCAGUACACCGACGAGAAGGUCGCCUACAUUGUGGACGACAAGCCUGCUCUCUAGGCUUGAUCGUGCCCCUGCAUAGUAGACGAACAUUGGGAUAGCGCGCUUGCAAAUGCAACGCACUGCCUUGCUCAUAAUACGUUUCUCCCGGCCAAUUUGAUCAUGAUAUUGAAACCUAGUCGCGGGUUUUCUUGAAGUUCCAGGCUACUCCGUCGUCGCUCCCUGUUGUACCAAAUCUCGGACUGUCUUCCUCUUCCACACCUUUGCCCUCAGCUAGUGAGGUCUUACGUAUAGUGGCUCCUUGACGAAAUCUACAUUUACAUACACACGGCGGCAAUUGUAUCUCUGCAUCGCGGUUCAGAAUACAUUUCUUUGCCUGCCUUAUUCAUUCAGAUUUUAAUCGUGUG